AUGUUUCUCUGCGCGGUAGGGCUGCUUGCCCUUUCGUUGCUUCAACUAGUACACGGCAUCAGCUUCUUGAGAUUAACACCGACACCGACACCCACACCAACACUCACCUUGCCCGAUGGACCGCACUUAGAUGGCCCCCAGAUAACGCCGGGCGUGGAUCUCCGACAAUGGGCGAUCAUGCGACGGGACGAUGACUUGAUUACCUCGUCGUAUCCGAGGGUCAAUAGUUUGUGUGGAUGGCAUGAUGCUAGUUUUGCAGACGAUUCCUGCUACGGCGCCAAUGAGCUUUCUAUAUCGCCAGAGCUAGGUACAACCACGGACCGCUUUACCCUACUUUGCACACUGCUUCAUUCUGCAGCCUGUGUCACUUAUAGUUACGGGGAUUUCGACGCCGCGCACUAUGGAUGUGGAACAACCAGUGCCAAUAGGGAAAUGUUCACCUUUGCGAUUGAUAAUCCCACUGGCACUAUCUCCAUUCGAUACGAUCAUACAAUUUCGACGGUCGACGACGACAUCGUGAGCAGCUAUGCUUCUCGGUUUCAAUCAACCCCAACCUCCCAGGUGGGAGACGCCACCACGACUAGCAGUAGCGAGCCAUCUGACAGUAGCGAGUCAUCUGAGGCAACGCCGACAUCCGAACCAAGCUCCCCACCCUCGGAGAAGUCCACAACCACCUCAGCCGGCGCAAUUGCUGGUGGUGUUGUCGGCGGCGUGGCCGGGGGCGCAGCAAUCGCACUUGCGGGCGUCUUUCUCUGCUUGAGAAGGAAGAAGAGGAGAAAUCCACCCGAGGCGGAUGGUGGUUCUGGAUACGGUGGUGGACCCCAAAGCAUGUCGGAGAGCCAGCCGAGUAAUUUGACCAUGGGAAUGCAGCCGCCCGCCGAAAUGGAAUCUCGCGAAUCGCCGUAUCAGUUCUCCCAAUCGCAGGACACCGCGUCUGCAAACACGGCACACGAGAUGCAAGGCGAUACCCAUCGUGUGGUAGAAGCCGACUCCAACUACGCUUCCCACUCUAAGGAUAAUGCAGCCGAGUUGCCGGCUGAGUCCAGGUAUAUCAGACCGUGA